AGAUUUAAAAAAAAGAAAAAAAAAAAAAAGGAGUUUUUUUAUCACUCAUAAUAAGGCGUCUACGCAAAUAUGCAACGAAAAUUCUGAUGGAUAUUUUGUUUUGGUUUUUGUUUAUUUUGAACUCGCUGUACUUUGGAAAUGUGUGUGAGAAACUUAUUAUUUUUUGAAGGAGCGCUCGCGUAAAUUGACUUAUGGAAUUCAGUGUCGCGAGAGAGAAGGAGACGACGGCGGCGGUGGUGGUGGUGGUGUAGAGAAAACUGGUUUAACUUUCAGGGACAAACCUCAGCCUCGCUGCUCACACACCUGAUUUGGUACGUCGAUUGGACUGAGCUCUCAUUAAACUCUUAUUAGUUACUUUUCCACUUCGUAUAUGUACUGAGGGAUGUUCGUCUGGCGAGACACAGUGGUACUAACAUGGUUGAUGGCAGUACUCCAGUUAUUGAGCAAUGUCGACGGAGGCACCGAAAAGGAGAUCCUGGAGGCCCUUGACGAGGCGGCCGCGGAGGGUUCCUGGGGGUACGUGCCCCUCAGCGGGCCCUACAUCGACGUUCAUCACUCAGGGAACGUGACCGCCCGCGUGGGCGCCACGGCGGUCCUCAACUGCCGAAUUCUCUACAUUGUCGGCAAAACGGUGUCGUGGAUGAGAGCGCGGGACCUACACUUGCUCACGAUUGGUCGCUUCACCUAUACGAGUGACGACCGCUUCAGGGCUGUCCACCAAUCAGGAUCGCAAGACUGGCUGCUCAAAAUCCACUACCUACAGGCCCGGGACGCCGGCCCCUACGAAUGCCAGGUGUCCACGACGCCUCCUAUGACGCACACCGUGUGGCUAAGCGUCGUGGAACCCGAGACGACGGUCCUGGGCGGUCCCGACCUCCACAUAAACGCCGGCUCGGCGGUCAACCUCACCUGUCUGGUGAAAUACAGCCCCGAGCCGCCCCCUUAUAUUUUCUGGUACCACGACGGACAGUUACAGAGCUACGACGAAGACGGGUCGGGCAUCCAGGUGGUGACCUCCCACGGGAGGGACUCGACCUCGCAGCUGCUGAUCCACAGGGCGUCAGCGAAAGAUUCGGGUGAAUACACCUGCUCACCUGCCACGGCUCCUCCUCAUUCGAUCAAUGUCCACGUGAUCAACAGCGAGUCCCCUGCAGCUAUCCAGCACAAGAACACCACCACCAGCAGUAGUAGCAGCGGCAGUUCUUCUGCUUUAGGAUGCCGCAGCAGCGACCCAGGCACGCCCUUGGAGUUCCUGCUUCUGCUUCUGCUGGCGCUCGUGCCAUUCCUCGUUAGUGACGGAGGACACCUCCUGGUCGAUGUUUUGAUGCGGCCGAAGGCGUGACACCGGACCGGGCCUCCAGAGGCACGUUCCAGGGCGUGACUCAUUAGGGGGAGUACCUGGAUGACGAUGCAGAUGGAGUCGAGGUGUGACUGAGGAGGAGGAGGAGGAGGAGGAGGAGGAGUGUGAGGAGGAGGAGGCGUGAGGAGGUCGGGACAGGUAGAGGGGGGGACGUCAUUAGAGAGAGGGAUGUUGGUGAGGAAGAACGGUAGAAGGAGGCGAGGAAACUACAAAACAGAAAAGGACUUAUUACCCGAAGCAAGAAGACUCGCUACUUGCUAAGAAAAUACUCGUUUAUGUGUGUACUGAACUUCAGUGUGGGUUUAACUUUUUAGACUCGACAUAUGGGAACUUUUAUGCAUAAAAUAAACCCCACCCCACAAAAAAAAAAAAAAAUUAUAUAAUUACCUUCUGUGUUUUCGUACAUCAUUUUCAAAAUGCGUUUUGGGAACUUGCGUGAAUCAUUUCAUUGGGUGUUUUUUUCUACCCUUUUCAAUUCCAGAGGUUAGGAAAAGUUAGGCAAAAUUAUGUGAAAAGUUAUUUGGAGAGAUAGUUGCUCAUUAUAUAAUUAAUCAUUGUGCAAAGAGACAGUGGAUGAACAAUGGACAUUGUACUGUGCUACAUUGUACAUUGUAGCUAUGGAAUAUGAACGUCUACGAGUUAGAGUAAAUUCUGAGUUAAAAAAAAAUAAUUCCACACUGAAAAAAAUAACCUUCACGGUUUACAAUUCUCGUUCAAAUGUGUACAGUUACUGGAAGGAGCCAAAAUAAAUCCUAUCGGUAAUGAAAGCAAGCAAAUAACUGUGUCAACAUCAAUGUGCAUUUCCAUGCUUAUAUGUAAACAUCUAUGUGUAUAUGUUUUCUAAACUACUGAUAUUACCAUAAACUAUAUAUAUACUAUAUAUAUAUACAUGUGUGUGUUUAAUUUGUAUGUAUACAAGCGCACACCAGAAAUAGAUGUAUAUUUUUAUAAGCCACUAAUCACGUACUAUCCGAUCAGUCUGGUGGGUCUAAUUUUUAAUCUGGAAAGAGAGACAUUCCUGACACCACUUCCUUGGAGUAGAUAGAGUUCCUGCAGUGCUCCAGGUGGAGUGAAUGAAUGCAAUAGGACUCGGUUGGAGUGAACCUGCUCGAUCUGACUCAACGAAGUCACUUGACUUGAAAUGAGAAAGACUGACGAAGUUAACUGACUUGAUCUGACCGUUUACGACUCUGUUAAGGUGAACCGAUAUUAUCUGAGUGUAUAUGAUUCUACUGAAGUGAAUGGACUUGAUCUGACUGUAGUUGACUCUAUUCAAAUGAACCACUGACUUGAUGUGACUGACUGCAGUUGACUAUUCAAAUGAACUGACUUCAUUUGACUGUAUAUGACUCUAUUGAAAUGAACUACUGACUUGAUGUGACUGACUGUAAUUGACUCUAUUCAAAUGAACUGACUUCAUUUGACUGUAUAUGACUCUGUUCAAAUGAACUACUGGCUUGGUGUGACUGACUGCAGUUGACUAUUAAGAUGAACUGACCGGAUGUGACUGAACAUGACCUUCAAAGUAAACCGACUUGAUGUGACUCGAUGGAGGUAAAUUGGCUUGACGAAAAUCUCGGUCAGAUAAGAUCGACUCUGUUAAACGCAAGUCGACUCGAAUCUAGAAUCGACAUCCUAAGUUUGAAAUCACUUACAGCAAACUGAAUUGACGCUGCUCGACUAGACUCAAUUAAUGGAUAUCGAUUUGACAUUCGCCUCGACAUGAAUUGUUUGCAGGGAUUUCAUUCGACGACAUUCGACGUAUCGACUUAAAGACGUCGAACGAACAGACAUGCCCCGACUUAUUUUAGGCAAGUAGGACCUGACGUCAAUCAAGUGGAGUGGUCACCUGCUGUAUUCGACGAUAAAACGAUAAAAGGCAUCUGUUGAAUGGUCGGAAACAUUACGGUGGUGACGCUGGAAAGUUCAAAAUGCAAAGUUGAUCAAGGCAGCCUUCCAUCUAGACCACUGAGGAUCAAGAGUUAUAUAGUUGCAAGAUGCAACAGAAAAGCGUUGAUGGAAAAACUGGCAUGUCAGAUGUAGUAUCAUUUCUUUUAGAUGCCAUUCUAUCGCUCAAAAUAUACGUCACUGUUUAGAUUCGUGACGCCAUGACCGAUCUUAUCAAUGACCUUUAUGCGGAGGGCAUUUUGAAAACCACCCACAUUGGAGACUAAUGGUUCGAAUUGAUAUCCUUUCUCGAGCGGACGAAAAAGCGAGGAUCAGAGAAAUGUUGCCAAACACUCCCAGCAUAUUUCUUUUUCUAUGUUGCAAUGUGCUCAACGAACUGUCAUCAUAUACGGCUUAGUGAUAAUGAUUCAUCAAUGAAAUGGAAGACGAAACGAUAAAUCACAUAUCAUAUAUGUGAUUAGACCUUUUUUUAUUAAGGAAAAUAAAAUAUUUUAUUUAUAGAUAGUUUGCCAAACUGACGAUUUGUUUGUUUGUCAUUUAUUCAAACAUUUUCCUUAUUUUUAAUUAACAACUAAAUUUUUAUUCGGCACGUUUUUCCACUGUGAGAUUAAUAAUUUUUUUUCUUUUCCUUCGUUCUUGUAUUUUUGUCGUUGUACCGUAACGAUAGAAUAUAAAUGACAUGAUUUUGCAUGAGCAGAAAUUUAUAUAAAUUAUUCACAAGAACUGAUUUCUGCACCUCUUUGUGAUAUAUAGAACUGAUUUUCAUUUAUUAUUUACAAUGAAAAGGGAAGAAGUCUUAUUCAACACAUUUCCCUCGUUAUCUGAUAAUUAAUCUAUCUGGUUCAUUCGUUUUGCUCUGUUCUUGUAUUUCUAUCGCUGUCCAUCAACAAAAAGGAAGAUUUCCUUCUUUUUAAAAAGAAAAUGUAUCUUUCCUACAUAGUGACCCCAGGGGUCUUUGGGGGUCGAUAUCUAUGGCUCUUAUUUCUUGCAGGUCAUUAUAUUUAUGAUAUUUAUAUUGACAGUCUAUAGUUUAUGUUUUUUUUACGGUCAUCCACAACAUGUUGUACCAACACGCCUCUGCAAGGAAUGAUACAUGCCGGGGUGUCAAACCCCCCCUCCCCCCCCCCUAAAAAAAAGGGUGCGUGCUAAAAUCUAUGGUCAACUAGAGCGCUUUUUCACCAACGAAAAUUAGAAAUAAUUCUUCUGUAACUUUUUAUCAGAAGCAUUAUUUAGUUUUUACAUUUUCAUUCUAUCAAAUAAAUCGUAAAUAUCCUAUCCUGAAAUGACUGUAUCUUCAUCUCGACGCGAAACAACACGUUUUUCAGAACCUUUUUUAGCCUUUUCUACCCCCCCCCCCCCCCACCCCCCCCCCCACCCCCCAACAAGAACAACAACAAAGUAGUGUGUAAGCUUACUCCCCGAGUAAGCGAAAAAACCCUCAACGGGCUCGAACUAAACAAGCCGUGAAGGUGUGGAUACACACCGAGUUCAAACCCGUGGGCGGGGUCACUACCUAGGAAAGAUUCAGAAAAAAAAAAAUAAUAAACCUACAAAUAUUCAGAGCGAAUAACUGUCUCCAGUGCCUCUUUGCAAUAUAAAAGAAGAAAAAAAUUAUAUAUAUCCCUUAACUCGUCCACCUUCACCUAACACAACCGAAGGCAAGGAAGGCGCUUUCGGUUCUAAAGUGAUUUUUCAGCGGAGGGGGGGAAAUUUAUCAUCAAUUUUUUUUUCUUUUAACCUGGCAUUCCGAGCGAUUUAUUGCUCGCGGGGAAACUUGGUGAAGAUCAAAUCCUCGGGUCUCCUCUUCUGCCUUGAGGAAUUACGGGGAAGAAGAAGAAGGAGAAGGAGAAGUAGGAGAAGGAGAGGAAGCUGACGAGCAACAAUGAUGUCUUCGUUUGUGUAAACACUGUAUUCUGAGAAUAGAGAAAUGUGUAGAUUUUAUGUAAUGUAUCUAUUCCAUAAAAAUAUACAAAUGGAUAUUAUGAAU